CAUGUCCGGGGGCAGCAGCUGUAGCCAGACCCCAAGCCGGGCCAUCCCCGCCACUCGCCGGGUGAUCCUCGGCAAUGGCGUGCAGCUUCCGCCCGGGGACUACAGCACCACCCCCAGCGGCACGCUCUUCAGCACCACCCCGGGAGGUACCAGGAUCAUCUAUGACCGGAAGUUCUUGAUGGAGUGCCGGAACUCACCUGUGACCAAAACACCUCCGCGGGACCUGCCCACCAUUCCCGGAGUCACCAGCCCCACCAGUGAGGAGCCCCCCACAGAGCCCAGCCAGAACCACCUGCGCAACAGCCCAGAAGAUAAGCCGGCCGGUGGUGAAGAGUCACAGUUUGAGAUGGACAUUUAAAGGACCAGCCAUUGAAUCGAGCAGUGCCUCUGGGCCCCCCACCCCGGCCCUUCUCGGGAGAGAAGUCACACCAGUCAGGCCUUUUGCGAGUCCUCAUCCUGGGCAGGCGUUGAGCAUGGGGUUGGCCAUCCUGACUCUCCGCUCCCUCACUCAGGGCACCUUCUCCCCCUUCCUCUUUGUGAACACCAGCGGAUACCUCCAUGUGCCUUCAUUCAUGCAGAAGCUGCCACCCUAACGGGAGUGACUCUCAUGAGCACACCCUGCAACCCAGGGCCAGGAUUGGAUGUGGAGGAGCCCUUCAGCUCUUCCAGCCCCAUCCUCUGGGGGCGCACCCACCCCUUCCUUAGGUUGGUGUGUGUGGGAAAACUCCCCUCCCCCUUCUUCCCCAAGAGAGGAAAUAAAAGCCACCUUUGCCCUAGGGCCAAAAAAAAAAAAAAAAA